AUGCCUGCGCCUCGGUCCGCAGGGCACUAUUCGGCGACUCGAGACGGGCGACGGGAUGGCCCUGCGACGCCUGAGCGGCGGCGGAACAGCAGCUACGAGAUGGGCACGGCCGGCAAUGCCUCGAGCCAGCGAGACGACGUCUUCUCCCCGGACGACCUGGGUCGUCUGGGUGGAGGGUUCCUGCUACACGAUGCCUUUGGAGGAGUGCGGUCUCGUCGACAGCGGACUUCUCUCCCGCAGGCUCCAGGUCCUGCGGCUUUCCAGCCUGCUUCUGGUCCUGCGCCUGUUCUUGACCUGGGCAUGCGGCAGACGGCUGCACCCAGCCGGCGAUCUGGUGGAGAGGCUGCGAACUCUCCGCCAAGCACUGGCUACUCGGCCGAUGACAGGAGAUUCCCUGAUGCGCACCACCAAGAGCCGCCCGCUACGGCGGACCUGGAUCCAACUCAGAUUGUCAACAUGGCGCUCAGCUUGAGCGAGUCUCGCCGGCUUGCCGCUCGACGAAGUGCUUCCCGGACGGCCGUCCCUCCGCGCCUUGCCCCUAUACCAGACGCGUCGUCUUCGAACAACAUCCGGCAUCAUCUCCAGCAGCAGCGCAAGGUUUCGCGGACCGAAUCGCCCACCCUGAUCCAGGAGUCAUCCUCUGGAGCCGUGGUCCCUGGAUCAAGGAGCAGCGGCACCUUCCAGCCUUCGUUCGAGACUUCGCUCGAUCCGCAAUACCGCUGGCAAUUUUCCCCAUCGACUCUGGCCCGAGCCCAAAAGGCAAAGGUGCAUCUCGAGCUGUGGGCGCAGUACAGGCGGUUGCUAGACGUGCUGCCUCCGCUGCAACCGGGCCUUGAGAGGCCGUUGUCGGGUAGCGGCCCGGAUUCUCCUGUCCAGACCUCGGGGUCCCAGCCGCCUGCGAUACCACUGGGAAGGCAGUACAACCCACUACAGUAUAUCCGGAAUCGCAAGGUUCGCGCGCGUGAGAGGAAAGUCAUUGAUGGGAAGCGCCAGGGCUUCAGCGAUGUAGAGGCCGUCAGGCUCUGGGUUGACUCGGUAUAUCAACAAAUGUCGCUGGCCGGCACCUCACUGGCCGACGAAAGGCCGUCGAUUCCCCCUUACCAAUAUGCCGAGGAUUCGGACCUCCAAAGCACACCCUCUGAAGCGGUAGCGAGGUCCCGACGGCCCAGGGUCGACUGGUACUUGGAGCCUUGCGACGUAAUUGCCGACGCAUACUGGCUGGAACAAAACGGACACAAGUAUCUCAUCGAGGACCGCCAUUGGCGCAAGAUCUUUCCGCCCCCGGCUUCCGACCUGAGCAGGCCCUUGUCUCGCGACAUGGAAGACACAAGCAGCAAGAUUUCUCCAUUCACAACGAGAGACGUCGACGUAACCGAAACCUUCACGGAAGGAAAGGACUUUGGAUUAUCAAAGGUUCGCUCGGAAUUGUCUCACAGCAGCGCAAAGGAGCGAGCCAAGCAGAAGCUACAGCAUAUCAAGGGUUUCCACCACCGGCACGGAAGCACUUCGCACGGCCACGAUCAAGUACGGCACAAGAAGGAUUCCGGUUCUGACUCUUCAGAUAGCGACAACGACAGUGAGCCAAGGAGGAGGUCGAAGCCUGUUCGCAAAGGAACCAUCUCGAGCAACUCAAACGACCUACUGCAGAAGCAAAUGCUGGAAAUGGUGGCCAAGGAGGCGCGCGAAAGAGAGCUUGAAGAGAGGGCUCUGGCUCACAACGAUAGUGCUGAUGAUCACAGCGUUGAUGCGCAAGACUUGAAACGGGCCUCGCAACCUUCCUCUCGCUUUGCCAGCCGGAGAGGGUCCAUGGCAGAGUUCAGCGACUCAGAGCGCAAAUACGCAGUUUUGGAGAAGCUCAAGCAUGCCUCUCCAACACGCCAGAGCCUGGAUGUCAACCGCUAUGCCCUUUCUCCAAGCAAACAAUCUUCCAUUCCCAACUCGCCAGAGAUGUUGCCGGCUCGCAAUGGCAAGUCCGAGUCGGUUGCCAGCAUUGAUCCUUCGCCUCCCUGGAGCCGAUCGGCAUCUCCCACUCGGAACCCCUUUAGCAAGAUCAAGUCCAUCAUCCGAGACAAGAAUGACGAUGCCGAUGAUGCCGAAGACGACAGACAAGGCCGAUCGUCGAAGCGCGACAAGCUGGCGCACAGCGGCAAAAGCGCUCGCAACACGGGAAGCGCGCGUCUUCGAGGCGACGAGGGCGUUGGGCUACGUGGCAUGUUCAAGGCGCCCCGCAUCGACAAUGUAUUCCGUGGCGGUGUUUCGAAGCUGGGAGACAUGAUACGGAAGAAGGACGGGCCUGGCGAGGCGCAGGACCUAGAGACUACAGAUGAAUCGGACAGCGACAAGGUUAGAGGACGAAAGUCGACCCCGUUGACCUUGUCGCGGAAGCCAUCCGCCAGGGCACAAGAGGCGCAGCAGCACCAGCCCAAGCACUUUCUCGAUUCCAUGCCCCAGUUCCAUCGCAUGCCGGACCAUCGCCUCGCCAAUGGUGGUGACAAAGCUGCUGAUGGCUCGGCCAAUGGUCGUCGGGCUGCUGUUGAUGAGCUCAAGCCUCCCAUGAUCAAGAUUCGAAGCGCAUCGUCGUCCGCGUCGCCUGCGCCAAUGGUCCAUAAAGCUCGGCUGGGAGAAUCGGCAGACGUCUCCGAGUCUGAGUCCUUGUUGAACAACCACCUCUCCGAUACUGUGGAUAAGCGUAUGAAUUCAGCCGUUUCGCUCAGCGACAGGGACAAUCAUCACGGGCGGCUGCCUGGCCAGCACUGGUCGAUUGUGGACCGUGGUCUGCCUGGCCAGACGAAGCUGUCGAAGCGCGAGGUUGCCCGGAUGCGAACGCUGAUACUCAGCUCCGGCAUCAAGGCCAUGGAGCUGCGCCGGCGGGCCAACGAGCAGCACAUACCCUUCAGCGAGGAGCGUCUUGCGCAGAAGGAAGCCUACCUCACGGAGCCCGGCGGCAUCCCUUGGUCGGACAUUGCGAGGCUGACCCCCGAGCAGGCCCAGCUCAGCCUCCAGCUACACAAGCAGCAGGUGGCGGCCUGCGACCUAUACCCUUUUGCGGCGCGGACGCUGGCGACGGCGAUCCAGACCUGGGGCCAGCGGUGGCAGUCGUCGGCGGACUACUUCCGGGACAAGACGGUGCAGGACCUGCGGACGCGCGUGUGGGAGGUGCGCACGCAGGUGGCCGACGACCUAUCGGAGCUGGCGCGCAAGGCGGCCGACGAGGCGGACGAGACGAGCCGCGACCUGAUGCUGGGCCAGCCGCUCAAGAUCAAGCACGUCAUCGACACCAUGGACAAGAUGCUGCGGACGCGGCGGCGGAGGUUCCGCUGGCUGCGGCGCGGGCUGUGGCUCACGGUCGAGUGGCUGCUCGUGGGCUUCAUGUGGUAUGUCUGGUUCAUGGUGAUGAUCUUGCGCGUGUUUCUGGGUGUUGGCAAGGGCGUUUUGCGGGGUGUCAAGUGGCUUCUUUGGCUGUGA